UUUUCGAUAAAAUUACAUUUUGGUUGUAUCAAAAGUAUUGACAUUGAUAAUAUAAUAAAAAUGUUUAUAAGUGGAUCCUUAUGAAAAUAUAUAAACGUUUUCAUCACGUUUCAUCACCCUUAUACCCAAAAUAAGAUCAGCUGGGUCCAAAGUGUACAUUUCGCUUGAUGUAAAACGAAAACAUUUGUGUACUGAAUUUUAACAUCGGUGUACUGAAUUUGCAUCAUAUUGUAGUUUAUAUAACUGUUCGGGAUUUUAAAUCAAACGUUUGUGACUAUAAAGGGAGUAAAAAGUGUCCAUUCAUUCACACAUUUAAUCGAGAGAUUGGAUUCUUGACAUAUGGUUAGUUGCAGAGCACAUUUGUUCGCGCGUGAGUUUAGACCAUUAUUAAGCCGCAGAGGUCCAUCUGUAACGAAUAUGAAUUUCAUGAAAACAGUAGGAAUAAGCCUCGGAUUUGGACUGGAGAAACCACCUUACAAGGUGGUGGAAUCAAAAGACGGUUACGAGGAGCGGAAGUACGCGGCCGCCAAGUGGGUGAGCACCACGGUGGAGGGUAUGUCCGGGAAGAGCGCGGGAACCACGGGCUUUCGGCGGUUAUUUAACUACAUCGCGGGCGCAAACGAGCUAGGAACCAAGGUAGAUAUGACGGCGCCCGUUGCAACCCGCAUAGUCCCGGGGGCCGGGCCUAAUUGCGAGAGCACGUUCACUGUGUCAUUUUACGUUCCGUCGAAACACCAGGAGUCACCGCCGGCACCCACGGGCAACGGCGUGUUCAUCGAAUCCUUCCCGGAAAUGACUGUUUACGCCAGCAGUUUCGGAGGUUUCGCUGACGACGAGAAGUGGAUCGAACAUGCACGGGAUUUGUCCGAAAAGCUGAAGCAUAAGAACAUUCACCAAGAGUUUUAUUUCACCGCUGGCUACGACAGUCCCUUUAAGUUGUUUAACCGACUCAACGAGGUCUGGUUUGUGAAAAAGGAUUCUUGAGUCAUGACGGGCCAAGAAUUUGUGUAAGCCGGAACGGAACUGUAUCGCAAAAACCUGUAUACCAUCGGGAUAUUUAUCGGGCGUGAGAAUUGGUUUGAGUUAAGUACGUCGUAAGCUGUCUAGGACGGAAGACUCUUGUAUUAUUUGCAAAUACCGUUAACUGGAUAUUUAAGAUGUUCGAUUAUACCACGCUUCCGUUAUGCUUACAUUUGCCCAUGGAACAUCGUUACAUUUUUGUAACUACCAAAGUAAAUAUAGCGAUUCAGGUAUACUAGUAUGCCAACAUACGCCUCAAGCUGCCAUAACGUAUCUGUUUAUGAAGCAAUUGGUAUUAUUCUGCCUUGUAAUAAUGUUUAGUUUAGGUAACUGGGAACACAAUUUGAUCAAUGUGACGUCAAGAUGCCGCGUUUAUCUCCCUACAUCAAAACCCAAGUUCGCACUUUCAAAGUCUAAGGUUGAUUUUGGCAUGCACAGCUUGUCCGGACUGUGGGUUUGUAAUUUAUCGUGAAAUUUUUAAGUAAUUAUCCCACAACUGACCAGCAUGAGACGGCAUGUCGCGUGUUUGAUCUGUCUCAUAAGUUUAUUGUUACUUUUAAGAGAUCAAUGAUCUGAACUGUAACUUUGUCAUUCAUUAUGCACUGAAAAAAAUUGGCACAACGAGAGACGGCGUGGCUCAAAGGUCAAUGUCACACUUCGAUCACAUAAAAAUGACAGAUUUUUACACAGAAAGCUUGUGCGGACUGUUACGCCUUGCUUCAUUCUGCAAUGUUACAUUUACUUCCGACGAAUGUCAAUCAUGAGAUUGGCGUUUCGCGCCUAACACUUGUUUCCCAGCGUCAAAGGUCAAUGUCACUCAUAAUUCAAUUGAGAAAAUACUUUACCGGAAAUUUUCACCAUGUUACGCGAAGCUCAGAGUGACAAUAGAGCUCAAAUUUGUGCAUGGUUCAGUUUUUUAAAUCAUUGCAGGCAAUUUUUACAAAGUGCUCGACAAGAAAAUUUCUAGUUUUUUGUAUACGUAAAUCAUGUUGUGACUGUGUUUUUUUAUGAUACAAUUUCAUCUUGCUAAGGAUCACUUAAAAUAAGAUUUCUACAAGACAUUCUAGACUGAAUUUAAGUGAUAAGGGUAUAAUGGUAGGUCAAAAAUGUAUAACAAUUCUUCACACACAAAAAAUAAUUAAGUUCGUAGUUUAUUCGAUGGACUUGCUAGAAUAAUGGUUUAUUUAAUCAUUAUCAGAUGACAGCCUAGAUUGAUUACCUCCCCAUAUCUAUCGCAUACUCUCUAUAUAGUCAACGGAGUCAACGGUUAUAUUCAACGGGGGGACCAGUUAAAUGACAGCGUUAACUUUGUUAACAGUAUAUUUUUCGGUAAACACUUCAAACCGUUUCAUCGAGUCCUCGUCACUACAUUUUCAUUGUUUAUCUAAUGCACGUGAAAAACUGCUUUAAAACAGUCUUAAGACAUAUUGGUAUAGUAAGACAUUCUUCAGGGAAAUUUUAAGAUACCAAUUCAUUAAGACAAGUUAUUUAUAUAUUUAUUUUAGACAAGAACAUGUUAAAACUUUUGUUAAAUGAAUAAUUUAGCUGUUAUGAUUUCUUUGAUUUGGAACCAUCUAUUGUAUAUGCACUUGUCUGUUAUAAUUAAAUUUUAGUAAUGGUCGUAUCUUACGUUGAAAUAAAGUUAAAAAAUAUG